GUUGUACACAGCCGGCACUGGUAAAAGAAAUGUUUAUAUAUUACCUACUUCGUUACAUUUAGAAAAUUACUAGACAAUGCGGUAAACGAGUUAACGUUACAACGAAUGUUCUAUAUGUAAUUGUUCUCUUACACAUGUGUGAAUAUUUAUAAAAAUGGCGGGUUUGUGCUAUAACUCCGAAAGCGAUGACGAGCCAUUAAAUCUGCAUUUAUUUGUAAGAAAGUCUUUUGGAUUUGAAGGGCUUCCCAAGGAAAAAGAUAUAAAACUAAGGAGCGUCGUUCAGGGUUUGGGAGCAACAUGUGAUGAUUUACCAAAAUAUGUGUUUACUACUAGUGAGUACUUUCUAUCUUCAGUUGUUACCAAUUCACCAUUGUACAAUAUAACAUACAUUCGUGAUUGCAUUGAUGCCAAUAGAUGUUUAAGCAUAGACCAGUACAGGUUUGGACCUAAGUAUGUUGAAAAAAAAGAUUUUAGAGAAUUUGAUCCAUGUUGUCACAACUUUCACAAUGGCAAUAACGCUUGCGUAGUAUGUGAUCCAACCUUCAAAAAAGCAGAUGUGUCUGCUGUAAAAGAAAAAAAAGUUAAGGAAAAAGUUACCAAACUUGCUGCAGUUGAAAAUAACAUUGCAACGAAGAAAGUGAAAACAAAAUCGUGUACAAUGAAAGAAAGUACACCAGGGCCCAAAUCACAGCUGGUCAAUAGAGUUCAAAGAAAUUGGGAACCUUGGGAACAUAGGCUGCUUCUAGACUACAUUAUUGGUCAUAAUUUAUUUGCAUAUUGUAAGGGUCCUAGCUUAUACAAACGCAUGGUUGAAGAAGGUUUUCUUAACCAUAGAACGCCAGAAUCCAUGAGGGUACAGUUUCGUACGACCAUUUUAAACUCGAUUGAUUCCUUUAAUUUGCCAAAACCAAUCUUACGAAAAUUCAAAAAAAUUCGAGCUCUGGUAAUUAAAGUAAAUGGAUCUUAUCAGUUGCAAAAGAUGUUUGGUAAAAAAAAUUUUAGAAGUUGCAACCAAUGAGCAGAAAAGAUUCAUCUCAUGAACAUCAACAAAUUAAUUUGAAAAAAAAAAUCUCCAUGACUAACGACAAGUUGAAAGUAAAAAUGUAUUUCUUAAACAGGAUUCAUGCCUUCUGAACAAAUCUUGUG